GCACUCGGCGCCCCGCCCUGCGCGCUCGGGCCAGCGCGGCGGUGGCUGCGGUGGUGGCGGCGGUGGCAGGCGGGAGGGCGCACUAAGGGCGGGCGCACCGGCAGCAGGUGGGCGGGGUGCGGGCAGACGGCGGCGGGCGGGGGGCGCCAGGCUUCGCUGGGGCCGGGCGCGGCCGGCCGUGCGGCGCGCCAUGGACUUCAACAUGAAGAAGCUGGCGUCGGACGCGGGCAUCUUCUUCACCCGGGCGGUGCAGUUCACAGAAGAGAAGUUCGGCCAGGCCGAGAAGACCGAGCUCGAUGCCCAUUUUGAGAACCUUCUGGCCCGGGCGGACAGCACCAAGAAUUGGACGGAGAAAAUCCUGAGGCAGACGGAGGUGCUGCUGCAGCCUAACCCCAGUGCCCGAGUGGAAGAGUUCCUGUAUGAGAAGCUGGACAGGAAGGUACCUUCGCGAGUCACCAAUGGGGAGCUGCUGGCUCAGUAUAUGGCAGAAGCGGCCAGUGAGCUGGGGCCCACCACUCCCUACGGGAAGACCCUGACCAAGGUGGCAGAAGCUGAGAAGCGCCUGGGAGCCGCAGAGCGGGAUUUUAUCCACACUGCCUCCAUCAACUUCCUCACGCCCCUGCGUAACUUCCUGGAAGGGGACUGGAAGACCAUCUCGAAGGAGAGGCGGCUCCUCCAAAACCGGCGUCUUGACCUGGAUGCCUGCAAAGCACGACUGAAGAAGGCCAAGGCCGCAGAAGCCAAGGCCACGUGUGAGGGAGAUACGGUGCCUGACUUUCAGGAGACUAGACCUCGUAAUUACAUUCUCUCGGCCAGCGCCUCCGCGCUCUGGAAUGACGAGGUGGACAAGUCUGAGCAGGAGCUCCGAGUCGCCCAGACAGAGUUUGACCGGCAGGCAGAGGUGACCCGUCUCCUGCUGGAGGGCAUCAGUAGCACUCACGUGAACCACCUUCGCUGCCUCCAUGAGUUCGUCGAGUCCCAGACAACGUACUACGCGCAGUGCUACCGCCACAUGCUGGACCUACAGAAACAGCUGGGCAGCUCCCAGGGAGCCAUAUUUCCAGGCACCUUCGUGGGGACCACAGAGCCCGCUUCCCCGCCCCUCAGCAGCACCUCGCCCACCACCACCGCAGCCACCAUGCCUGUGGAGCCCUCUGUGACUGGCCUGGCCCCUCCAGGGGAGACCGCGCUCUGCCUGGAGGAGGUGGCUCCACCCGCCAGCGGAACCCGUAAGGCCCGGGUCCUUUAUGACUACGAGGCAGCUGACAGCAGUGAGCUGGCCCUGCUGGCGGAUGAGCUCAUCACUGUCUACAGCCUGCCUGGUAUGGACCCUGACUGGCUCAUCGGCGAGAGAGGCAACAAGAAGGGCAGGGUUCCUGUCACCUACUUGGAACUGCUCAGCUAAGCAGGACCCCUCCCAGGCCCCUGCUCUGACCUGGGCAGGAGAGGACUGGCGCAGCCCUGCCAUUUGUCUUGUCUGUUGGUGCCCUCGCUGUUCAGGGUGGGGCAACGAACCCUUUCCUGUCCUUGCCCGUCAUCAGCUGCGAGGGGCCCCUCCCCCAACCCUGCUUCUGACCUGGUUCUGGAGCCCCCGACCCUGCCUGCGUCCCCUGAGCACCCCAGCCCUCCCAGCUCCUGCUAAGGAGGGAGGAGCCGGCCGCAGCUGCGGCACCCAGCGCCUCGGCCCAUGGGGGCUCAGCGUAGAGGGCCUGAGGAAGCCCUGUGCACCUUUGGCAAGAGCACCUGCCUUUUAGUUGCCAAAAGCAGCAAAGGAGUAAGGGCAGGUGGGUCUGUGGCAGGCCGCGGGGACUGCGUGUUGUCCCCUCUGAACUGGAGUAGAGGGGAGCCUGGCCGUAGAGGCAGGGCUGGGCCACAGAGCAGCAUCUCCCGGUGCUACCCUUCCCCUCGCGCCCUACAGCUCAAGCCAAGUAUGGUGGCUGCGGCCUGCACCUCUUCACACUCACUUUUUAACUGAUCUUUUUACUCUGCCUGUCUGCUUGCUUUCUAGCCAGUGACAAAUAAUAAACUGUUCUUCGUGUG